AUGGCAACUAGAUUCAAGAAAAAUAGGAAGAAGCGCGGUCACGUAAGUGCUGGGCACGGGCGCAUCGGUAAACACCGAAAAGGUGGUGCUCGGGGAGGUCGCGGCAUGGCGGGCGGCAUGCACCACCACCGAACGCUUCUGGAUAAAUACCAUCCAGGUUACUUUGGUAAGGUAGGCAUGCGGUACUUUAACGCCGGAGCGGAUAAAAAUGCGAAAUACACGCCAUGCAUCAACAUCGAUAAGCUAUGGACGCUCAUUCCGCCUGCGGAGAAAGAAAAGUACGCCUCGAACAAGGAGGCGGCUCCUGUCUUGGACGUGACGCGAGCAGGUUUCUUCAAAGUGCUUGGACGGGGUCACCUUCCGAAGCAGCCACUUAUUGUGAAAGCAAAGUAUUUUUCCAAGACGGCGGAGAAGAGGAUCAAGGCUGCUGGCGGUGUUUGCGUGCUCACAGCUUGA